ACGUAAAUCAAAUAUCACCAACAACGGCACUUUCUGACCAGUUUCACGCUCUCAAAGGACGACUUCGUUUUAGUGCCUCCGUGUUUUGCCGAGUCUUCCUUUGAAUCCAUCUCUUUCCCACUUCUCUCUCUGUAUAAAGAUCUGGGCUUUUCUCUGAAGCCUUCAUCUUUUUUCCCACAUUGGAUGCGAUUUCAGGAUUGCUGUUGAUCUCUGUACAGAUUUUUGAAGUACCCGUAUUUUUUAGUUCGUUAAGAUCCCAGAUCUUUAUCCCGCAGUGUAACAAAUUGUGCAUAUUUUCCAUCGAAAAUGUUUGGUUUAAAGAAGUCCCCGUUAAAGGCUGCUAAGCGUAACUCAGUUGACCCUCUAUAUCCUGCUUCCUCGGGCUCAAACCCGUUUGAUGAUGAGCCUGCACAAGUUAGACAGAAUGAGAAGCAUGCACUAGUUGGACAGAAUGAUAAGCAGGCACUAUUUGGACAGAAUACUAGCACCAAUCCUUUUGAUGGUGAUCAAGGAAAAGAGAAUACUAAUUCGUAUACAUAUAAGAGUACUUACGCAGAGAGAAACAAGUACAAAAAUGAUUUCCGCGAUUCAGGAGGCGUUGAAAAUCAAUCAGUGCAAGAGUUGGAAAGUUAUGCAGUGUAUAAGGCUGAGGAGACUACAAACUCAGUCAACAGCUGCCUGAGGAUUGCUGAAGAUAUACGUGAGGAUGCUACCAAGACUCUGGUCAUGUUGCAUCACCAGGGUGACCAAAUCACCAGGACCCACUUUGUUGCUGCUGACAUUGAACAGGAUCUCAGUCGGGGUGAAAAGCUUCUGGGGAGUCUCGGGGGCAUCUUCUCUAAAACUUGGAAGCCAAAGAAGGGUCGCACAAUAACUGGCCCUGUCAUCACAGCAGAUGCUGCAAUCAAAAGGAGCAGCCAGUCAGAGAGGGAGAAGCUGGGACUGACUCCUGCACCCAAGGGAUUAUCACAUUCACGAACACCACUUCCUGAACCCACCAAUGCCCUUCAGAAAGUUGAGGUAGAAAAGGCGAAGCAAGAUGAUGGACUGUCAGAUUUAAGUAAUCUGUUGGGAGAGCUGAAGGAUAUGGCCGUUGACAUGGGGUCUGAAAUUGAUAGGCAUAACAAAGCUAUAGCUCAUAUGGAUGCUGAUGUUGAUGAGCUCCACUACCGUGUCAGAGGUGCUACUCAACGUGGUCGUCGCUUGCUCGGAAAGUAGAAUGCAGGAUUGUUCUGGCCAGGCCUGAUGAUGUAUGCUGUUCCAAUACUGUCUGCCCUCCAUUUUUUUUUUUUACCAGUUAUGGAUUCUGGUCUCACUCGUGUAUCUGGAUUUUGUAUACAACUUGACUUCAUUGAUUGAUAUAGGAUACUUCGCUGUUAGCAGGAAUGUGUUGUCAUUUACCGAUGAGAAUGUUGUUAAGAUAUAUGAUCAUUGAUCGGUGAAUUAGUUAAUAAAUACUAAAUACCUUAUAAGCA